AUGGAGGUGGUGGGGAGGGGGCGUGGAGUGGCGGGCGCGGGGGGCGCCGGGGCUGGCACGAUACCUCCCCCGUCCGUCUCCGGUCAGCUCGGCACCUGCACCCGUCCUACGUCGUGUCCCCCCACCGCGAAACAGCAGCAGCAGCCAGCACCUACGUGCCCUGGUGGAGACAUAGAUAGGGUAGAGGAGAAUGAUGAUACCGAAUCACGAGAGGAAGAAGAGAAGGAAGAACUGAAAAACUAUUCAAGAAGAAAGAUUUUUUCCAACUGGAGCCGCUAUGAGGAUGCAGAAAAAGAGGGACAGAGUGAAUGUGGGGAAUCACAGAGAGGAACAGACUUCAGUGUUUUGCUUAGCUCAGCAGGAGAUUCCUUUACACAGUUUCGAUUUGCUGAUGAGAAGGAAUGGGAUAGAGAAAGCACAUGCCAUAAGCAGUUAUCUGCACUUUCUGUCGACUGCCAGUCUUUGGUCCAAGCCCUUCAGGAAUUGCCUCUACAUCUGAGGUUGAAUGUAGCUGCUGAACUUGUGCAGGCAUCAACACCUGUAGAGCUUCCACAGUUGAAACCUAAAAUUACUGAAGACUGCAAGAGGAGAGAGCUUCUGUUCCGACAGUCUCUGGCUCAAAGUGAAUCGGUGUUAGUCUCCCAUCCCGUUGGUGAUUCUGUUACUUCAUCAGAGCCUGGAAGUAAAAACGGUCCUAGGGCAAGUGCAGCAGAGCCAUUUCAGAGAGCCCAUCCACCAUCAAAGCAAGAGACUGACCAUUUGGAUGAAGAACUAGAUCUUCUCCUUAAUCUAGAUGCUCCCAUUGACACAAAAGAGAGACCUGUGUCAGGUGCAUUAUCCUACAGCCUAUCCACUGAGAAAGAGUUGAAAAUGGAUUGUAAGGAGAAGGACCCUUUAAAACUAGAUGUGCCUGAAGAGAAGAGUACAGCGUCACAGCAACAGCAAAGUACGUCUAAAAAUGUUACUGAGGAAGAGCUCGAAGACUGGCUGGACAGCAUGAUUUCCUGAAGCUCCAAUUUGCUUGUGUGAAUAAUUGAAUAUAGCAAACGUUAAGUAGAAAGUUGAAUCUUCCUUUAUCUGUGUCACUUUUUGUUCGGUAUGCCAAAUGCCCAGUUUUCUUUGCUGGCACCUAAAAUUCUGUGCAACCAAUUAGUUUAGAUGUGAUUGAAAUUUGUCUAAGACUAUUCUUAGAAAGGUCUAAAAUUUGUGAUGCAAUUAGUAAUUUCUUUGCUAAAGAUGCAGGCUACAGCACCCUGAGAGAAUUGUUGUUUCAGCCUGUACUU